UGAUCCUUUUUCUUUCCGGUUUCCCUUCCUCCAUCCAAAGUCAAGCGACCAUGACCAAGCCUGAAACGAUCAGUCUCAAUACCAGCCUUUCCUCAAAGACCCCUUCCGGUUUUCCUUAUACAAUCGGACCCAUCACCCCACCAUCCACCCCACUCAUGUCCUCACAGUCCUUACGUCCAUCCGUUACGCGCUCCAUAUCGAUUCGUGAAAAUGUCCAAGUCAUGGUACGCUGUCGUCCACCUUCAUCGAAAGAACAAGACGCUGCGGACGAACCUUGCUGGAUUUUACGACCGGAACAUCGAACCGUUGAACUCGCACAAAGUACUUCAAGCACCUCACAGCGAAUAUUCGAAUACGACAAUGUCAUUGGCGGAGUUGACAACCAAUCCAUAUAUAAUGCGGGAAUUCAUGAUCUUGUAAAAUCAACUAUGGCCGGCUACAAUGGAACGGUCUUUGCUUAUGGCCAAACAGCGAGUGGCAAAACCUAUACCAUGGUAAAUAUGAGCACCAAAUCAAUGCCUGGUGUCAUUCCACGAGCGAUCGAUGAUAUAUUUGCAUGUAUUGAAGAGCAUGCUGGUCGAGAGUUUUUAUUGCGAGUUUCGUACCUGGAAAUCUAUAACGAACAGAUUCGAGAUUUACUACGGGUCGACGGCCCCAACCCUGUUGUUCACGAAGAUAAAAAGAGAGGUGUGUUUGUUUCAAACCUCAAGGAAGAAGUUGUAUCUAGUGCUGAGCAAGUGAUGCAUAUUAUCAAGGUUGGCGAAUCCAAUCGACAUGUUAGCGCCACAGACUAUAAUGCCCGAAGUAGCCGAUCACAUACCAUUUUUCAAAUGGUCAUUGAAAGCCGACCCAAGAACGCCUUGGAUCCUGAUCAUAAUUCCGUACGAAUAUCACAACUGAAUCUCAUUGAUUUAGCGGGUUCCGAGAAAGUUACUUCCGAUAAUCAGCGUCGUAAAGAAGGCGCUUAUAUCAACAAAAGUUUGCUGACGCUCGGCAACGUUAUCUCAAAGCUUACUAGCGCGCAAGGAGUCACUCAUAUUCCUUAUCGAAACUCCAAACUCACACGAAUCUUACAAACGGCAUUAUCAGGCAAUGCACGCAUCUGUGUCAUCUGCACAAUUAAUCCAGCACUACAGCAAAAGGACGAAACAUUCAAUACGCUGAGAUUCGCUCAGAGAGCAAAAAUGAUCAGAACAGCCGCCAAACUGACCAAGAUCGAUUCACAUUCACAAUUGCAAAACUACUUGGAGCAAAUUGCUGAACUGCAACACAAGAUGCAGGUGAAAGAUGAGCAAGAAGCAGAAACACGUCAACGAUUAAACCAUUUACUGAGUGUUAUUUUGACGAGUUCACAAGACACAUUCUCACCCAUGAGCUCGGCACACUCUUCUCCAUCAGACAGUAUGAUUUUGGAUCAGAUCAAUAUGCGCGACGUGGUGGCGCGAUGUGAAGAAGGCCUUUCAGCUCAACUAGCGAGCCAUGAGCAAGAAAAGCUAAGCCUAAAGGCGGAAUUGGAUGGAUACCAACAAGAAGUGACUGCUUUACAACAGGAACACGAGCAACUGCGACAAGCCAUGGCUAAGAAUGAUGAACAGCUGGAAUACAUGAUGGUGUGUAUUGAUACGCACAAGGAAAAUUACCACGAAGCAUGUCAGCGGAUCCAGCAACUGGAAGAAACGAUUAAAGCUCAGAAGAAAGAGCUCUUGUCAAAGAAUGAGGAGAUUGAAAAGUGCGAACGAUUCAUGGACUACUUGCGGCACGGGGUCGUGAACAAAAUCAAGCUCAUUGCGCAGGAACACAAGCAAGUCAACGUUCGAGUGAGCGCGGCACUUAAAAACAAGCAUACCCAGCUAAACGAUUUGCGGGAUAUGAUGAUGAACCAAAAAGACAUCAUUUUGCAGUACGAAAGAACGAUGGACGAACUGCAAGAUUGGAAGCUCAAAUCUGAAACUUGUUUAAACCAAAAAGAUCAUUUGAUUGAGGAGUUACGCAACGAUGUCAUGAAGACCAGUUCAAGCACCAAAGAUCAACUCGUAACUAUGGAGCAACGAUGGAAAGAAUCUCUGCGAGAGAAGAAAGAAGAAAUGGCCGGUUUGAUGACUGAACUACAGACUGCCAAUGCCAAAAUCCAAACACAAGAACAAAGCAUGGAUACACUGCAGGAAGAGCUUCGUAAGAAAUCGGAAGCAUUGACCAUGGUGCAACAGAAACUGAAAGAAUAUCAAGACAAUGCACCCAGCGCCACCGAGAUCAAGGAACUACAGUCCCUUCAAGAUGCCACCGGAGACCAGCUGAAGCACGCUCAUACACAGCUGCAAAUUUACGAGACAAAAAUCAAGACCCAGCAGGCCCGCAUGAUCAUUCUGGAACAUGAGCUAGCUUUAAUGAAGGAAAAUGACCGAGAACUCACUAAUUUGCGACAGUCGAUUUCCUCGUUGAAGCAUGAUCAAGCGAAAUCCACUACGGAGCUCGCCAAAAGGGAUGCUCAUAUAAAAGAUUUGCAAGCUAGUAUUUGUGCGCUGAAAUCCGAACUCUCUUUACGCCCUGGAGGAGUGGAUAAAGCCAUCGAAACCGAGAUUCCGGUCAUGCAAUCUUUAUACCCCAAGCGUAUGCUAGACCUGUCAUGCCAAACUACUACCGAACAAUGUCCCCGCAUGAUCGAUAAAGACGAUGACGAUCAUUAUGCCUACACCGAAAAUGAUUUUCAUUUUGUAAACAAUCAUCCAUUCCCUCCCUCGUUGAAUAUUGAUACAACUACGAUUAUGUAUUCGCCCGCAUCCAUGACUUCAUCCCACAUCAGAAUUCCCGCAUUUGCUCACUAUACUAACAUCAUGGUGUUGGCCGCCAUCUUUUAUAUGUUCAUGUAAUAUCGCAUCGUCCGACAGUAUAUAUUUUUCCACACAGAUUAGCGACAGCUUAUAUGAACGUAUACGAAAAAACAACAAAACUCAGCAAAAAAAGACAGAAAAAGUCAUCUUUAUUUUCCUAAAAAUAAAAUAAAAAAGAAUGCAAACAUUUUUCAUCCCAUG